CUGUAGUCCCGCCCUCUGGUAGGGUAAAGUCAACAUUGAAGCAGUUAGCCUAUCUGGAGGUGGGUUCGUUAGCAUUGCGGCUCCUUGUAACGUUAAACGAGAUUCAUUACAACGCAGCCUCGCAAAACCGUCUAUUUUAUGUUUGUUGCCGGGGUUGUCUUUAAACUCAGGGCCCGUUUAUUCCCACCACCUCCUCACCUUUAAAGGCUAACUAGCAUAGGGAGCUAAUUUAGCUAAAUAGCUCCCGUUCGCCCUGCUAAGUGAUUUAGUCCCUAAUUAUCUAACCUAGUUUUUUUCCGUUCACUAGCUCACCGCUUGUAUCCCAAAAACAGCUAUUUAAAAGCGGACUGAAUUCCGCCGUAAUUGUUACAGUCCCUUCCAAGUCUCGGCUUAUGUUAACAGGUCCGUAUCUGUGAAUAUUUCUGCUCUUCCUCCUUGUCAACAUGAGCGAUCCUUGGCUAGAGUGUAUGGACCACUGUGUGGAGGUCACCAAAAAGGCUGGGAAGAUGAUCCGUGAGGCGCUCCAAACGGACAUCGCCGUCAUGCAGAAGAGCUCACCCGUUGACCUGGUGACCGAGACGGACCAGAGAGUGGAGCAGCUUAUCAUAUCGUCCAUCAAGGAAAAAUACCCCACACACAGCUUCAUAGGUGAGGAGUCAGUAGCAGCAGGCGCACCAAGUGUCCUGACCGACAGUCCCACUUGGAUCAUCGACCCCAUCGAUGGUACCACCAAUUUUGUUCACAGGUUCCCAUUUGUGUCUGUAUCAAUUGGCUUCACUGUGAAGAAAGAGAUAGAGUUUGGGAUUGUCUACAGCUGCAUUGAGGACAAAUUGUACACGGCACGGAAAGGGAAAGGAGCAUUCUGCAAUGGAGUCCCUAUCAAAGUGUCUGGACUACAAGAUAUCAACCAGUCUCUGGUACUGACAGAAAUGGGCUUCAAGAAGGAUCCGGAGCAAUUCAAAAUAAUGUUGGCCAACAUCAAGACGAUCCUCACCAUCCCUGUACAUGGAAUCCGUUCCCCGGGCAGUGCAGCUGUCAACAUGUGUCUGGUAGCAUGCGGUGCGGCCGAUGCUUACUACCACAUGGGCAUCCACUGCUGGGACAUGGCUGGAGGGGCGGCGGUUGUUACCGAAGCUGGAGGAGUUAUCAUGGACAUUUCAGGUGGACCGUUUGAUCUGAUGUCUCGGAGGCUGAUCGUGGCCAGCAGCCGAGCGAUAGCAGAACGCAUUGCGAAGGAGAUAACAGAGUGUCACGUUGGCCGAGACGACACAGACGAGUUGUAACCUUCUGCACUCGCCUCAGCCAAAAAGUCAUUUAAAACGCACUCAACUGUUUUGUAUUUAACAGGUCAGGAUUCAGUCUUUGCCUUCAGAACCAAAACGAUGAACUUAACUCUGGAGACCAGUUGAGUGGGUUUGUUAAAUACUCAGUGCUUGGACUAUCAGCCUUCUGUCUACUUUCGUUUUAAGUCAUUGUUGUGUGCGCACUUAGCCAUUCACAGAUUCAGACUUUCUGUUCUGUUGUCACUUAUUUGGACAGUAAUGACGUGAUUAAUGAUGAGUAGGAUGUGACGAAGGAAUCCGUGUCAUAAUCCACUCCUGUUCUUAUGGUUUCUAAUCACAUAGCCAUUAUUUACAUUUAUUUUAUAUGAAUGAUGCAGCCAGAACAAGUGCAAGGAACUUCACUGAUUAAUAUACCUCACUAUAACAUUGUUGAAGUAAUUCUAGUAUAAAUGUUUUCAGGUUACUUUUCAGGUCACAAUAUUACUUUUCCAUUAUUAGGAUCUUGUGGGUUUU